GUGAUGCGGCUGCAGCAAGAGGUGGUCGUCGAACUCUUGGAGUCCACCACUGGUGAUGAGCUGCGCAUGAUGAAGGACGUCUUAGACGAGGGCGGGGAUUUCUACAACCUGCACAAGCUCGUCUUUCACGACCUCGAUCCCGAGAUGUACGAGCGAGCACUCAGACACAUUCAGAAGGAGGGUAGGCGCAUGGCGAAGCAGUACGCACCGCACAAGGCUCCGAUCAAGAUCAUCAGCGAUGUGGACGACACGCUCUAUGGGAGCGGCGGCCAUUUCCCCGCCGGCUGCGAUGAGCGCUUUCCGAAAAGCCAGGUCUAUCCAGGGGUUCUAGCGCUGUUUAAAGAGAUCACGGCCGAGCGCACCAUGAAGCAGAAGGAGAAGGUGCCAAAG